AUGGCUUCGACAAAGAAGAGAAAACUGGAGGCCGGAGCUGGAGCUCAAGCCAUGAGUGCGUUUGCUUUGAGACGCAAAUUGCUCCAAGAGAAUAAGUCUGCCCCGAGCAAUCUCAAUGACCCAGCACCAGGGGUCCAGGACCAAGAUUCUGUCUCGGAUCCAGCUCUGGAAACCCCGAGGACGACAAGGUCCAUCGCUACCAAGUCGAGAUCAUCUCGACCAGAUGAUGGCCCCGAGUCGGGCCAGAGCAUACCACAGGUGCUCCAAGCCAAACCAGAGGAAAACACCCCCUCUCAGGAUGCUGAUGCCGAGAUUCGACCAAGGGUCGUUCAGCAUUCAAGUUUUAGGCCAAACAGGAAGAACCUCACUCGGAGGGGCAACGGCAUCAUUGUGCUGAGGCUUCCUGAAGGAGAGCGUCUGGUGAUCCUUGGCAGUUAUGGCAUCAAGAUCUGCAGCGGCCAGGCGACGAUAGCAGGCGCAACACUGCGGCCAUCGGACCAUAUCUCUUGGGUGCACUCCCCACACUGUCAUGCUCUUCCUGUGCUCAGAUGUUCGGAAGAGACCAGUAUCGAACUAUGCCCGCACCCAGCUGCAGAGAGUCUGAGAGGACUUGCAAGGCUUUCGCCUACUUUUGCGAGACUCUGGAAUGAGCCACAACCGGAUUGCCCACCAAAGCAGCGAGGGCGAGAGACCUUUCAAAUCAUCUACACAUCGGCAGAUGGACCUAAAAGGGCAUUCUUGCAGGAGCUUAAGGCGCCAGCAGAAUGGAACAAAAAGAUCGCGGGAUUGGUCUCAAAAAAAGGCAGCAAGCAGCAAGUAUUACUCAUCUGUGGACCCAAGUCUUCAGGCAAAUCUACAUUUGCCAGACUUCUUACCAACAGACUCACCACUGAUGAGGCAAGACUAAAGACCCGAGCUGGCGCCGGGGUUGCCAUCCUUGAUAUUGACCCAGGGCAGCCCGAAUUCUCGCCUCCUGGCAUUAUUUCUCUUGUUCACAUGGAUGGCCCAAACUUAUCACCGUCUUUUUGCCAUCCCAACGGACCUCCAAAACAGCAAGGGUUGCUCAAGUCUCACGCCAUAUGCGCCGUUUCACCAGCUAUGGAUCCAGGCCAUUACCUCGAGUGUGUUCUGGAUUUGUAUGCCGAGUACCAGGGCAAGCUAGCUCAUAAGUACCCGCUCAUCAUCAACACCCCGGGCUGGGUCCAAGGAACGGGCCUUGAUAUUCUCGUCGACCUAAUACAGGAGAUCCAGCCCACCGAAGUCGUGUACAUGUCGAAGGAUGGCCCUGAAGAAACAGUGGAAGGUCUGAGUCUGGCUUGUGAAAAGACAAGAUGCUCAGCGCUCUCUACAUUGCCAUCCCAAGCCACCGAAUAUACGUCACGAACAGCUCUGCACUUUCGAACCAUGCAAAUGCUGGCAUACUUUCACCAGGACACCGAGACGACCGACCGGGAACACCUGCGGUGGGACACAAGACCACUGACUAUGAGCGCUCCUCUGAUGGUCCCAUUCACGAGCUCUACCAAUGGUUUUGCCGGCAUCCUAUGUUAUGAUUAUCAACCAUCAAUCGAGCUUCUGGGAGAAUUCUUGAAUGGGACGAUAAUUGCAUUGGUGGAUGUUGAGAGCAAGGAAGCAUUCAGCAGAGUCCACUCCCUCAGCUCGACAAGAGUACAAGAAUCUUGUCAUGAAGGCGGAAGCCAAGGAGUGUUACCUCUGAUCAGGAAUGACGCCGGGCGAACGUUGGAUCCGAAGCAUUCAAGGGCCUUGGGACUCGGCCUCAUUCGUGGUAUAGAUAUGGAGAAUAGGGUUAUUCACCUUCUCACUCCUGUACCAUUGAAGAAGAUACAAGAGGUGCAGAAGAGCGGGAGGUCAAUCGUGAUAGUUGCUGGCAAGUUUGACCCACCAAGCUGGGCAUACACAGAGGAUCUCUACAGUCAGGCCUACGAGUCGAAUGUUAAGGACGACAACGAUGGGGCUGUAGAGGUCACAGACGAGGAUACUGAUGACGACUCAUCUGAGAACAAUGAGGAGGAGGAGAAGCUCUCUCCUCAGGAUCUGCAAACACCAUGGGUCGAGGUGCUGCAUGGUAACCAGAAGAGGGCCGUUGGUUCUCGAGUUUGGAGAGUAAGACGAGAUCUGGGCAAGGGCGCGAAUGACUAG